AAUGACUGGAGAGCACUUCCGCACAUGUGCGCAUUGGAGGUGGACUCGGCUGGAGUAGUAGUUUCAAAAUUGAUUUUUAUUUGGGGAAAAACAAGCAAAUGGUCCCUCGGAUAUGAAACAUUUUCUCGUCCUUGGGUUCAGAGUAGCCCGGUUUAAUUUGCGACACUGUCACCAAAGUGUUUGGGGCAAGCAUGGCACCGUCAAGAAGGUUGGGGUUGACUUGGGGGAAAGAAAACUUGAGAUAUCGACGGGCAGACUUGCCAGGUUUGCCGAUGGAUGUGCUGUUGUACAGCUUGGGGAUACCUCUGUGAUGGUGACCGCUGUGAGCAAAACAAAGCCCACCUCCUCUCAAUUCAUGCCACUCGUAGUGGACUACAGGCGCAAAGCAGCAGCCGCUGGCAGGAUACCCACCAACCACCUCCGGAGAGAGCUGGGCACGACCGACGAUGAGAUCCUCACCAGCCGACUGAUAGAUAGGUCCAUCAGGCCACUGUUCCCUGCUGGUUAUUUCUAUGACACACAGGUUGUGUGUAACCUGUUAGCUGUUGAUGGAGUGAAUGACCCAGACGUUCUUGCGAUCAAUGGGGCCUCAGCAGCUCUUGCUCUCUCUGACAUCCCAUGGAAUGGGCCUAUUGGUGCGGUGCGAAUGGGCCUGGUAGAUGGCGAGUUCCUAGUGAAUCCGACCCGAAAGCAGAUGGCGUCCAGCACACUGAACCUGGUGGUGGCGGGAGCCCUUCACAGUCAAGUAGUGAUGAUGGAGGCGGCUGCAGACAACGUGCUGCAGCAGGACUUCUGCCACGCUGUGAAGCUGGGCAUCAAACACAUACAGCAGAUCGUCCUGGGCAUCCAGCAGCUGGUCCGGGAGCUGGGCGUGUCCAAACGCACCCCUCCAAAACUCUUCACUGCUGUCCCGGAGAUGGUAGCGUAUGCGCAACAAUUGGCGUCGGAUAAGAUUUAUGCUGUUUUCACUGACUUUUCCCAUGACAAAAUUUCUAGAGAUGAGGCCAUCAACAGCAUACGACUGGACACAGAGGGGCAGAUUAAAGAAAAGUUUCCUGAGGCUGAGCCUUAUGAUGUGAUUGAAGCCUUCAACACUGUUUCCAAGGAGGUCUUUCGCAAUUUAGUACUUAAUGAAUACAGAAGGUGUGAUGGGAGGGAUCUGACGUCUUUGAGAGACAUUUCCUGUGAGGUGGACAUCCUCAGACCGGUCCACGGUUCUGCUCUUUUCCAGAGGGGACAGACGCAGGUGCUCUGUACUGUAACCUUUGAUUCUAUAGAAUCCAGUGUGAAAGCUGACCCCGUCACUGCUGCUUUAAGUGGAAUCAAAGAAAAGAACUUCAUGCUACACUAUGAGUUCCCUCCCUAUGCCACCAACGAGAUCGGGAAACUGGGAGGGGUGAACCGCCGGGAGCUCGGUCACGGGGCCCUGGCAGAGAAGGGUUUAAAACCCGUCAUCCCCUCCGACUUCCCCUUCACCAUACGAGUCACGUCAGAAGUGUUAGAGUCUAACGGUUCUUCGUCCAUGGCAUCAGUGUGUGGGGGCAGCCUGGCUCUCAUGGAUGCAGGCGUGCCAAUCUCGUCCCCGGUGGCUGGAGUCGCCAUAGGCCUCAUCUCCAAGGCAAACCCGGAGAAACCGUCGGAGAUCCAGGACUACAGGCUACUCACAGACAUCCUCGGAAUUGAGGAUUACAACGGAGACAUGGAUUUCAAAUUGGCGGGCACCAGCAAGGGUAUCAGUGCCUUACAGGCUGAUGUAAAGAUUCCUGGGUUACCUCUCAAAAUUGUAAUGGAGGCAAUCCAGCAAGCAACAGGGGCGAAGAGGGAGAUUUUGGCCAUCAUGAAUAAGACCAUUCCCAAACCUAGGGCCAGCAGAAAGGAGAAUGGACCGGUUGUGGAGACGGUCAGAGUGCCUGUCUCCAGACGAGCGCGGUUUGUGGGUCCAGGGGGCUACAACCUUCGCAGACUGCAAGCCCAGGCAGGUGUGACUAUAAACCAGGUGGAUGAGGAGACCUUCUCUGUGUUCGCACCGACUCCCAGUGCCAUGAACGAAGCGCAGGACUUCAUCGCAGAGCUGUGCAAAGAUGACCAAGAAAUGCAGCUGGAGUUUGGUGCGGUCUACACAGCAACCAUCACGGAAAUAAGGGACAGCGGAGUCAUGGUGAAGCUGUAUCCAAACAUGACCCCUGUUCUGCUCCACAACUCCCAGCUGGACCACAAGCGAAUAAAACAUCCGAGUGCUCUUGGCCUUGAGGUUGAACAGCAGAUUCAGGUUAAAUAUUUUGGACGAGACCCAAUUGACGGAAGGAUGCGACUGUCACGUAAAGUGCUUCAGGCUCCUGCUGCCAUGCUGGUCAAGACCAUGAGUGAGAAGCAGAGCAUUGUCAUGGGAACAGGAAAUGCUCAUGUGACAGACUCCUCUUGACCCUUCACUUUCAUCUGAAUGGUGUGUCCACCCACCUCACCCAGUGAUUAUGUUUAUGUCUACCUGUAUCUCAGUUGGAGUAAACCAGAGCUUCUAGCUUGUAGCUCGUUUUUUUUUCUGUUACCAGUUAGACAAAAACACCAGAAUGAAUGUGUAUGUUUGAAUGAUGGAAUGAGAAAACAAUUUGGACUAUAAUAUAAAUACACGUGUAUUAUUAUAUAUUUUGAUAUUUUUUAUAUAAUAUUCUGGUAUGUAUGUCUGUAUGUAUGUAAAAGCUUUGGUGUGAUAAUGUGAAAUAAACAUGAAAAAUUA